CUGAUACUUCUCUUUGCAAAACUAACGCGUCUCCCACUUCACCUGAAUGCCCCACCGACGGCCCGUUCAUUUAAGAUGGAGGCUGAAAGUUCCGAGCUGUCCUUAAACGCAACAGUGCGAGUACGCGGAAGAGCGACCGACAGGGACCAAAGAAGAUGCCCCUCCAGCAAGAAGCCUGAUGUUGAUGCAUAAGGCGCUCGAUUGAGUCACUACUAUCACCUUCCACUGCAUAUCCUGAUGCCGUGGGCAGCGCGCCACGCGAAAGAAAGAUGAAGGUCGGAGGAAGGAAGGAUCUUGUUGGGGAUCAGGGGUGUUAGACCUGACCCACGGACAUCAAAGGAAGAAUCUCCAUGAGUCGACCUGGGGCGGCGAUGGAAAAUCUAUUUUCCGACAAUGCAGCAGGAUGACAGAGCUGGUCUGAGAGGGCACCUGGAGACAUGGACACCCACGCAGAGGAAUAGACCCUGGCGUUGGUCUGAAGCUGACACUGGGAAGCAUUUCUGCGGAGAUAGUUGGCGCAGAAGCUGGUCCUGCCUGAACAUCUUCAGCAGCAGAAGGGUUGGGAGAUGUGUGAAGGUGUGUGACGGACGGCCAUGGGACUGGAGACACGCCGGCUUCAGGCUGUCAUCACUGCUCUCUGCAUCUGUCAGCUGUGUGUCUCCCAAGGAGUGUCGACGCUGGUUCGAGCACGAGAAGGUUCCUCUGCAGAGCUGGGCUGUAAUCUUUCUCCUCUGUCCGAAGAAGCCACCACUCCUAACAUAUUUCCGCUCCAUGUGGUGGAGUGGGUGCGUCUUGGAUACAAUGUUCCUAUUCUCAUCAAAUUUGGAGUCUACGCUCCGCGGGUUCAUCCCAACUACAAGGGACGCGUGUCUCUGACCCGGGGUGCCUCUCUGCUGGUGGAGCGCUUGACCCUGGAGGACGAGGGCUGGUUUGAGUGUCGCAUCCUUCUACUCGACAGCAAAACAGACAACUUCCAAAAUGGCACAUGGACCUUCCUUUCCAUCACAGCGCCACCGGUGUUUAUCAAGAAGCCACCGACGUUUGUGGAGGUCCUGCUGGGGGAGUCUCUCACCCUCAGCUGUGGCGCUCACGGAAACCCCCGGCCCACGGUGGUGUGGCACAAAGAUGAAACCCCGAUAGAGAAGCAUGAAAAAAUUAAAGUGCUCAAUGGCACCUUGUCUUUAGCGUCAAUCACCAGAAAUGUUUCAGGAGUGUACAAAUGUCACGUGUCCAACUCAGAGGGGAAUCUAACUCACUAUACGCAGCUGCAGGUCAAAGGUCCCCCCAUCAUCAUCAUCUCUCCCGAGGACACCACGCUCAACAUGUCCCAGGAUGCAGUGCUGCAGUGCCAGGCUGACGCUUACCCUUCCAACCUCACCUACGAGUGGAUGAAACAGGGACAAAAUGUUUACCACAUCGAGUCCCUUAAAUCCAGAGUGAAGGUGUUGGUGGAUGGAACGCUCCUCAUCCCCAAUCUAAUCCCGGAAGAUGCAGGGAAUUACACUUGUAUUCCCACCAACGGGAUACUCACCCCGCCCUCAGCUUCUGCCCAUCUAAAAGUUAAACAUCCAGCUCGUGUGGGUCGCAUGCCCAGGGAAACGUUCUUGCCCUCAGGCAUGGAAGGCGUCAUCAUCUGUCCCAUCCAGGCAGAUCCACCAGUGCUGUACGUCAACUGGACCAAAGAUGGCAACGAGUUCAACCCAGAAAAUAUCCCUGGUUGGAUGGUGAACUCUGAGGGCUCAGUUUUCAUAGCGAGAGCCAACGACAACGCUGUGGGCAUGUACACCUGCACCCCAUACAACAGCUACGGCACCAUGGGCCAGUCUGAACCCACCAAGGUCGUCCUGAAGGACCCCCCUGCUUUCCUCGUCCCACCACGUGCUGAGUAUCUACAGGAGGUGGGGAGGACUUUAAUCGUUCCGUGUGAAGCCACCGGAGACCCGGCUCCAAACAUCACAUGGAGCAAGAUCGGCCCCACUCCUCGGUCCCCAUUCUCAGUUCUGGCUAACGGCUCCCUGCUGCUGCAGCCGCUCAGUAAAGACCACCACGGAGGCUGGGAGUGUCUGGCGUCUAAUCGCGUGGCCACUGUCAGCGCUGGCACGGUGGUCAUGGUUCUCGGCACCAGCCCUCACGCCGUCUCCUCAGUUGUUGUGAGCACUGAGAUGAAUCAGGCCAACGUCUCCUGGGUUCCUGGUUUUGAUGGUGGCUACACUCAGAAGUUCACAGUUUGGGUGAAGCAGGCGUCUGGAGGGAAACACGAGUGGGCGUCUUUGCCGGUGCCCACCUCCAAAACCUACCUGCUGGUAACCGGGCUGCUCCCUGCCACCAGUUACCAGUUCAGCGUCCUGCCUCAGAACAAACUUGGAUCUGGAGCUUUCAGUGAAAUUGUGUCUGUCAGAACUCAAGCCGUGGCCACGGAAACACCCACCGCUGUCACCAGCAUGCCGUAUUUGGAGCCGCCGCUUCUGCUGGAGGUGAAUCGGACCGGGCAAGGCGUCCUCCUGCAGUGGCUGCCUCCCGAGGAGCCCACCUUUCCUCUGACCGGGUUCGUGCUGCAGGCCCGGCGGAAUCAGGGCCAGUGGGUCAUCCUGAGCAACAACAUCGAAGCCAAUCAGAGUGAACUCUUGAUACAAGGACUGGUCAGAGACUCGUCCUAUGAUCUUCGGCUGAUGUCCCUCAGCAACAAAGUCCUCAGUGAGCCCAGCGAUUCCCUUAGUGUUUCCACCGAAGGAAUGAUGGUUUACCCGCUGCAGCCAAGUUUUUUGGAGAUGGUCCCGGAGCACCUCUUGGCUGGACUGUUAGGUGGAGUGUGUUUCCUCUUCAUAGCCAUCGUUCUUUCCCUGGUGACCGCCUGCUACAUGAGCAACAGACGUGCACGGCGACGUCGAAAACGAAGAGACCUCUUACCGGGCUUCCAGAAGACUUCAUCUCAACAAACUGGCUCUCCUCCUCCCAGUCCAGACAGCGUCCUGAAGCUGAAGCUCUGUCCUCCUCUGCCAUUCUUCCCGAGCUCUUCCUUCGAGAGAAGCAACCGAGGAGAGUACCAGGACCAGAGGAAGCAGCUCAUCUCCAACUCCUCCCCGCCGCCGCACUACACGCUCUUCGAGAGCCACCUGGGUUCUCAAGCUCCUUCUCCCACCGCCCUGGAGUCCAUCUCCAGAGGCCCCGACGGCCGCUUCAUAGUCCAGCCUCUGCUUGAGCGCUGUAGCUCGUUCAAGAAAAAUGGAAUUCAAAGCAACGGCGGCGCCAGUGGAUCCGGGAGCAACCGGACUUCUUUCAGGGACUCUCCCAAGUCCAGCAUCCUGAGCUCAGAGAAGGACCGGAAGGACUCUCCCCUGAGCCGCGCCUCUGAGCAAGGCGGGUCUCCGUCCUCCCCGGGGAGGGUUCAGUCAGUGGCCAGGCAUUUCUCCCGCCAUGGCUGCUUUUACUCAGACGAGGAGCAGGGGUCCGAGGGUCUGCUGGAGAGGGCCAGUUUCUACUCUGACAACAGCGAGAAGAAACCCAGCGAUUCUUCCCGAAAGCACCGCGCUCUGCUCAACACGGAGGACAUUCUGUCUCACUUGGGCCGGCGCUUCAAGCACCAGGAUAAAGAUAAAGAGUACCAACCCAUGCAGAGUGAGGUGACCAACAACAGCACCAUGGUCACCGACUUGGAGAGAAGUGGACCCACGUGUGACCAAACUGAGAAUUCACAAGACACUGCAGUGGAGGAGGAGCCGGUGUGGAAGCUGCAGGACGUCACCAUCAGACAGAAGCACAGAGCGUCGGGGCAGAGCAGCAGAGUGGCUGACUACCGUAGAGCCUGCUACUUCAGCAGCAGCAGCAGCAGUCCCAUGAACCGCCUCCCCAACACUCACAUUCAGUGGGACAUCAGUCCCAUCACCUCCGACACCAGCCACGUUCCGUCCCAGGCACCCCACUCGGGUCGACUGACCUCAGAGAGCUCCCUCUCUGUGGGCCAGUCUCCGCUCACCCAGAACACCUCUCUGCCGUGCCCAGAUGGUACAUCAGAAAGCUUGGACGAUGGUCAAUCCAGAGCUCGCUGGUUCAGUCCGGGCAGGGGGUCCGGCAAGUGCAGGAGGUCCAUGACCGAGGAGGGCUUGAGAGAAAAGCACCAGGGCUUCAACGCCGCCUCCAGGUCCAGAAGCUCGUACGCAUAUGGCACUGAGGCGUGGGAUUCCAGGAGCACACUGAUUCUGAGAGACCGCUCCAGAGCUCCAGAUCUAUAUUCACCACAGACGUCCUCGCAAGAUCCCAGUCCCUCGGGCUAUGCUACUUUACCCUACGACCAACAGGGCGACCAGGAAGCUGAGACCUGUGAUGAGCGCAGGAGUUCCGACCUGGAAAAAGAAGGCGUCCGGACUCGGUCCAGGAAGAGUGUCAAAUGUCUGUUCUCUGAUGCAGCCAGCCCGGUCACCACGCUGACUCUGGUGGAGGAGGCUGAGAGCGAUCAGUCGCAGUUUUCCGUUCCCCGAACGUCCGAGUCCUUCAAGGUCAAACCUCCUGCCCCGUCCCCAAAAAUGUCCCCCCUGCAGACCAGCGCUAUUCUGGAGUAUCUGAGUCUUCCUGGGUUUAUUGAGAUGAGUGUGGAUGAGCCCACAGAGGAAGCUGAAGUAACAGAGCCGAGAGGGUCCGAGCCCACUCCUGACACGUCUCUGGAGUCAGGGGUCGCACCUGACGUGGUCCCCAAAAACUGGGAGGUUCACAUCGAGGAAAUUGAAGGGGUGGACUCGGACCAGACUGAGGAGCUUGUUGAGGGUGAGAACUUUGAUGCAUCUGAAACAGAGAGACGGUCAGGAGAGGUCAGAGACUCGCUUCCCCGGGUUCGGUUCCCGGAUGAUGUGAGGGCGCCAUCUCCUGGUCCGGAGAAAACAUGCAAGCAGCUUUACGACGAGAAAACUCGAAUACGAUCGGAAUCCAGACUGGGCUCAGGUCCAGCUCACGCUCUGUUUGGUGCCGCCAGGAGCAUGGCGGAUAUCAUGACCAAGCACUCGCAGAGCUUCGUGGCUCCCCGAGCCCCUUCACCAGACCCAACCCAGCGGCCCCCGUCUCAGGGCGGCCGGACAAACAACAUAGCGUCACGGAUAUGUCAAGCUCCGGUGCCGUUUCUGAAGAAGUCCUUCAGCAUGGGGCCCAGCAGAACCUUCUCCGGUCACCCCCGACCCUUCAUCAAGAAGUCCAUGAGUCUGGGCUAUCAGAGGUGGGAGCACUUUGAGAACCCGAGGACCUACGUCUCUGAGAAGUGUUACUGGGACGAGUUGCCGACCCCGGACGUGAUGGUGAAGUCGUACAGUCUGGGCCGAACGCCUUCGUCCUUCCCUCGACCCGGGCCCUCCUGGAGGGAGUAUGUCCCGCUCAGGCGGCCCAGCGUGGGCAGCUUGGAGAGGCCCUACCAGACGCAGAGGUCCUUAGCCACUCUUUCUUACCUCACCCCACAGAUGUACCCCCCCAGACCCGCUUCGGUCUCGCCUCUGCUGGAGCCUUCUGAUCCACGGAGGCAAGCCACCGUCUUCCCCGAGUCGUCCCGCUGGUCCCCGUAUGAGGAGCCCCCGAGGUCUGCCCCGUACUGCUACGUCCCUGCCCCGCCGCCCAUCCCUAUCCCUCCAUGCCAACCCUGGCCAGGACCCCGAGCAGAAAGCUUGAGGUUCGUCGACACCAGACGAGGUCCCCCCAGAUCCUACCUGCCGCGAGGCAUCAGCUGGCCCUCCCCUUACUACCCCCCGUUUGUCCCGCGAGAAGGGGAGAGCUACAGGCCGAUCAUGGGGAGGGUGGCUGAGCCGGAGCUGAGAGACGGGGGCCGGGCCAGCUAUGCCAGUCAGAGCAGCGGCCGCGGGAGUGCGGGACUCUUUCGCCAGUCCCUGUCCGUCACCCCGACCCUGCUCAGCUCCCCGGAGACCACAGAGGAGAGCGAGCGGCACCGUGCCGAGAUGGAGCAGCACGAGCGCAGAGCUAACAGAAGGAACACCUCAGUAGAUGAGAGUUAUGAGUGGGAUUCUGCUGACGUCGGCGUGGACCCCGAGGUCCUGGAGGCCAUGAGGUUGGAUCAAGCCCAUGGCUUCCAGGAUCAGCACUCCAAAGGCCCCCCCGCCUGCCCACCUGCCUCCGGCCGCUGCCUCCGCAGACCCUCCCUCAGUGAGGAGCGGUUCAACGCCCUGCGCCUGGAGUACCAGCAGUACCGGCGGGCUCAGGAAUCCGUCUGGGCCCGUGAGCCUUGCCACACCUCAGGCCACGAUUCAGACUCUGACGCCAACUCAGCGCUGCUGUAGCACCUGCUUGUUCUCACAGUGACGGCCGCACGGUGUGAGACUGCUCCCUCCAGUUAAAGCUCCCGUCACUGCAGUGAUUCGGAGUUUGAGUGCGGCUGUUUCCACCCUGACAAUCAAACUGGAACAACUUAGAUUUUGGUUACGCUUUUGACAAUUAUGUGGGUUUCCGUGUUCGUCAUCCAAAUCUUACUGGAUUUUAUUUUAAGCCUCUCGCACGUGGCAGCUAUGUGAUACACGUAUUUAAAGUAUGCUGGUCCCCUGCUGUCCCUGCCAACACACGGCGGUGUUUGUGUUGUUCACAUGAAUGUACAAAUGUUGAUAUGUUUCCGUCGUGCUACGGUAAAGUCUAUAUUUACGGCCGAAGCUACUGUUUCCCCUGAAUGUUGGGUGGCCCCUCCGCUGAGCAAGCGCCACCUGGGAACUCGUUUUUUUUUUCUUUUUUUUUGCCUUACUUCUCGUCACUAACCCUUUGUUACGCUCUGAACUUGUUCCACAUUGAGAGUUUCUGGAUAUUUAUUGAGGUUCGCGACGUGAAAUGUUUACCACUCACUGAUGUGAGAGCUGCACUGUGAAAUGUUCUGAUUCCGUUUUGGACUUUAAAAGUCUGUUUCAGCCAUGAGUUCUCAUGUUCUUGUUUUAUUUUUUUUUCCUGUUUUAACUGGAAUGUGGCAACUGCUGUUUUUUGUUCCCGGUUUGACAAUUGAAUUGACAUUUGAAGCAAGUGAAAUGUAUUUAAGACAGCGAUGCGAGCAAAUAUGCAUUUAUGCUUCUGGGUUUUUGUCCUAAAAGCAAUUUUUAUAUCUGUACACCCGGCUGUUUUGUCACUUUUAUAUGUUUGUAAAGAAUAAAU